UAAAAGAAGAAACAAUAUUCGAAUCUAAUAAUAUUAUUAUAGUUCAAUUACUUUAGUAUUUAUAUGUACCGACCUACGUAAAUAGUUAAACACUUUAUUAUAAAUAUGGAAUCAUACUUGGACGAGGUAAACAACAACAGAAAUAUGGGUAUAACAACACUAUUGGAGGAUACUGUCAAAAACAGAAAUUUGGAUCAAAUCACUUCACUUAAAUUACAAGCCCCUAUGUCUGUAAAUCGUUUGUGCAUGUUGGGUACAUAUGUACCAAAUUUGGUGGAGCUUGAUUUAACAGACAGUUUUCUUCCGUCAUUCAGAGAUUUUGCAUUUAAACUUGAUAAUUUGAAAGUUCUAAAAGUAGCCUCAUGCAACCUAAAGUCAUUGGAUGGAGUUUGGAACAUACCAAACGUGGAAGAGUUAUUCGCCUCUGACAAUGACAUUAGUGACCUAAUGUUAUGCUCUACACUGGUUAAACUCAUCACUCUUGACUUAUCUAGAAAUAAAAUUAUGGAUUUGACGAGAUUACACUUUUUAAACUUCUGUGAACAAUUACAAUGUUUAUCUUUGUCGGGAUGUCCAGUGGCUAAAGUUGAAAAUUUCGAGAAAAAUGUUCGGAACAUUUUACCAAACCUGAAUCAUUUUAAUGGAAAUCCACCUUUAGAAAUUGAACAAGUUAAACCCAAAUUGACCAUACAAUCAAUAGUUUGUGGCAAUAUUACUGCUGCAUUACGAAGUAGAAAAACAUACUCCAGUGGAAAUAAGGAAGUACAGUUUGGAGAUAUGCAUAAAGUAUUGAAUGAUGACGAGAAGUAAAUAAAAGAUAUUAUAGAGUUUAGAAUAAUCUUAAAUUACAAAACUAGUUUAACAUUAAGGCAUUUUAUUAAUACAGUGAUUAAGUUAAAUAAAAUGCACAAACUGUAUUGUAUGGUUACAUAUAUUUUUUUUUUAAUUUUCUUAAUUUAAUCAAUGUAUAACUUUAAUAAUAAUAACACAGUCUUCACAAUUAAUCAUAAUGUUAACGGUUACGCAAACAAAAUAUCAUCCAUAUUUAAUUAUACACAAAUUGUAUCACCAUAAAUGUGUAGCCUACUUU